AGUGUCAGUUUUCAUACAAACAUUUUGCUAUUUUUAGUUUUAUACUUUUUCCCACGUUUUCUAUUAAGAAUUAUUCAGUUGGAACUUAAAUCAGUUAUAUCAAGACAUAGAAUUUGUGGUUUUUAAUCUAAGUAAUAUUAAACAUGGGACGAAAACUUCAGUCAAAGCUUACAUGCAAGAAGAAAAAUGUUAAAGAAGGGAAUAGAUUUUUGCAGCAGAGACGUAAAGAAUUAGCAGUUUUAGUAGAUACAUUACUUAAAUUAACCAGCACGUUUCAAAGUACGGGUAAAAGCUUUGAGCACCAUUUACAAAUCGAAAAAAUUAUCAAAGAAAUUAUAAAUAUUGAGUCCAUUUCAAAUAAAAGUACAAACAGACAGAGGAAAUUAUAUAUAGAAAACUAUGUCAGUUGGUUACAUGAACAUGGAGCUGAAUUUGAAGGAGUGGAAAUAAGUGAAUUUGAUGGUUACGGGUUCGGUUUAAAGGCGACCAAAGAUUUUUCAGAAGGAUCACUUAUAUUAACUGUACCUGGCAAAGUUAUGAUGAGUGAGAAAGAUCCAAAAGCAUCCGACUUAUCAGAAUUUAUCAACAUAGAUCCACUUUUACAGAAUAUGCCAAAUGUUACCCUAGCGUUGUUUUUGCUUUUAGAAAAGAAUAAUCCCAACUCUUUCUGGAAGCCAUACAUUGAUGUACUGCCUGAGAAGUAUUCCACAGUACUAUACUUUAACUCAGAAGAACUAGCCGAGCUGAGGCCUUCACCUGUUUUUGAGUCGUCAUUAAAACUGUACAGAAGUAUUGUAAGACAAUACGCCUACUUCUACAACAAAAUUCACACAAUAGACUUGCCAGUUCUCAAAAAUCUACAAGAUAUAUUCACAUUUGAUAACUACAGAUGGGCGGUGUCCACUGUGAUGACCCGCCAGAACAACAUAGUUCAGGGGACUGCCUUCACGUUGACGAACGCUUUCAUACCGCUCUGGGACAUGUGCAAUCAUAAACACGGCAAGAUAACGACCGAUUUCAAUUUGGAGCUGAACCGCGGCGAGUGUUACGCGUUACAAGACUACAGACGAGACGAACAGAUAUUCAUAUUUUACGGAGCGAGACCGAACUCGGACCUCUUCCUGCAUAAUGGUUUUGUGUAUCCGGAUAAUGAUUACGAUAGUUUGUCUAUCGCGUUGGGUAUAAGUCCCAACGACGCUUUGAGGAACGGAAAAGUCAAUCUAUUGAAUAAGCUCGGCCUGUCUGGUGUCACAAACUUCUCGUUAUACAAAGGCGCGAGUCCCAUCAGCGUGGAACUGCUCGCCUUUAUAAGGAUUUUCAAUAUGAACCAAGAGGAAUUAGAGAAGUGGUCGGCCGAGAGCAUCCCUAGUGAUUUGCUGUCUUUUGAGACAGGAACCGAAUACGAUAUGGCGUCGAUUGAUAAAAGAGGUUUUACAUACCUUCUGACCAGGUGCGGCCUCAUCAGGGGUACUUACAAAGACAGUGGGGGUGAUGUCCAGUCUGAGCACAGGAAAAACAUAAAACUAUUGAAGCAAUGCGAAGUACAAAUAUUAGAAAAUGCCAUAAAGUACUUAAGGGACGUCAUAGACAAGAUUUCCGGAGACGAGAAAUAAUAUAAACCCAUUAUUACAUUGAACCUUAUUCCUUGACCGUUAAGGUUCAAUUUCGUUUAGUUAAUUUUACAACAAACAUCGCGACAGUAUUGAAAUAUUUUUACAUUGUUUUAGCUUUUGUUGUUUUUUGUUAUCAUUUUUAAUCAACGAAUUUUUUUGCGUGUAUUUUACUUUGUUACCUUUCUGUAUAUUUUACAUUUAUUGUGAAUCUACGUAGAUCGUAAGCCACAGGCGGUAGCGUUUUUAAAAACGCUCCCGCUGUGAUUUAGAUGCUACGGUUUUAUCAGUGUGCAUUUUAAUAUAAUGUAUUGUUUAUAUCAAAUUUCAAUCGAAGCGAUCAUGAAUUAAACGUGUACUAAAAUGUU